CAGUGAUCAUGGCUCAUUUUUUUUGCUGAAUUCAUGGUCAUACUGACAACCUUUUCUUUAGUGGAGACUAGAAAAAUCGCUACUAUCAUACAACAAAGACGUAGCUUUAACAUAAACAUAUAGUGAGACAUCAAUCGCAUGAAGUACUAUAAAUCUAGACUGAUUAGAAUAAACUGUUUUGCUUCAUUGUGAAGUGAUAUAAUUUUGUGAAAUCAAAAUGUCAACUCCUGCCAGACGACGUCUUAUGAGAGAUUUUAAACGCCUUCAAGAGGAUCCACCAACUGGUGUUUCAGGAGCCCCAACUGAUAAUAAUAUUAUGAUCUGGAAUGCAGUAAUAUUUGGACCUCAUGACACUCCAUUUGAGGAUGGUACAUUUAAAUUAACUAUUGAAUUUACAGAGGAAUAUCCAAACAAACCCCCCACAGUUCGUUUUGUAUCUAAAAUGUUUCAUCCAAAUGUGUAUGCUGAUGGAGGUAUUUGUUUAGAUAUAUUGCAAAACAGAUGGAGCCCUACUUAUGAUGUUUCAGCAAUUUUAACUUCUAUACAGUCAUUAUUAAGUGACCCCAACCCAAAUUCUCCAGCAAAUUCAAUGGCUGCCCAACUUUACAAAGAGAAUAGACGAGAAUAUGAAAAGCGGGUUAAAGCAUGUGUAGAACAAUCGUUUAUUGAUUAACGAGGUGUGCAUGGGAGCUUGGGCUCCUAUAUCAAAUAAUAAAAAUGCUCUACUAAACAUGGGCUGAAACUGUUAUUCAUUGGGACAAGUGUGUAAAAUAACAAUUACCAUUACAUUACCAAAAUGUACCAUUACUGCCACCAUAGCCUUGGCAGGAAUAAUAAAUAUACAUAAUUUUUUGGUAUAAGAGUUCCCAUAAAAUCUAAAUGUUAGUAGGAAUAAAAUAAUAGCAUUAUGUAUUUC